AUGUUAGCCAACCUCACUCUUCCCGCCACUAUGCGAGCUCUCUUGCUCACGGGCCUAUACAACGUCACCGUCCAAGACGUUGCAGUCCCAAAGCUCGUCUCUCCAACUGAUGCCAUCGUCAAGUUGACCACCGCUGGUAUAUGCGGGUCAGAUCUUUAUGCCUAUCGAGGAUUCGCUCCGGACCAGGACCCUUAUGUUCUCGGGCACGAGGGCAUUGGCUACGUUGUACAGACGGGUAGUGGCGUCUCUAGUGUCUCGAUCGGAGACUACGUCGUCAUCCCUGACAACUUUCACCACGGACAGCUGGAGAUGCAGCCUACGUUUCCCAUAUCCUAUGGAGGUGGGGUGCAAUCUCCGGGUGUAUCAGGUCUUCAAGCCGAGUAUGCUAUCGUCAAGGCUGCUGAUGCCAAUCUAUUCCGCCUCCCCAUCCACCGGAACCAGACCAAUGAGUCGCUGGAGCAGAGUUACCUCAUGACAGGGGACAUCUUUUCUACUGGAUGGACAGCAAUCACCUGGUCUGGCUUCGAGCCAGGUGAUUCAGUCGCCGUCUUUGGUGCAGGUCCUGUUGGUCUGAUGGCAACAUACAGCGCUCUGCUCCGUGGUGCCUCUCGCGUCUACACAGUAGAUCAUGCCCAGGAGCGUCUCGAUGUCGCCAAGUCCAUCGGAGCCAUACCCAUCAACUUUGCGGAAUCCGACCCCGUCGCUCAGAUCCAGAAGCUUGAACCGGCUGGUGUGAAGCGAGCUGUGGACUGCGUCGGUCUAGAAGCUC